AAAAACUGGUUUGUUUUGCGAAAAAUUUUUGGUUCCUUGUCAUAUUGAAGGUUGGCAUUACGUUUUGGUGUCUAAUUUGUCGAUAAUUCAGACAACUGUCGACCGUUAGCGUGUUUCUUAUGUACGAAAACCAUUAAAAUUAGAAUAAAAUUAACUUUUUUCAGUGUUUAUUAAAUUAAAUCUUAACAACGUAGUUGUGUGUUGAAUUCGUUUCAUUCGUAACAUGGCAAAUGACCUGGAGUCAUUGUCCCACAGGAACGAUAAACGACCCUAUGAAGGAGAUAAUGCGAAACAAGUCAAGAAGAAAAAGCUUAAAACAUCAGUGGCAAUCACUGAUAAGAACCCAGUGGCCACCUUGAACGAACUUCGCAUGGGACUUAAAUAUGAAGUAUUGGAGCAAUCUGGCCCCCCUCACGCCCCUCUUUUCACCGUUUCCGUCGUCGUCGAUGGACAACAAUAUUUGGGUACAGGUCGUUCCAAACGUGUGGCUCGUUGUAAAGCAGCCGAGGAGGCUUUGAAGUCGUUCAUCCAAUUUCCAAAUAGCUGUAAAAUCGUCGCUCCAGUUAGUGCUAAUGCUAAAGUUGAUUUUACAAGUGAUGCUUUUGAAAAUAACCACCAACAAGCGGUCAACAAAACGGAGACGAUGAAACAAAGUGUCCCAAAAGGGGCUGUUAUGCUCAUUAAUGAACUUUAUCCGAAUAUCAAAUACGAAUGUACGGAGAAUAAUUCAGAUUUAUUUGCUAGGUUCAAGAUUAUUAUUAAUUUGGAAGGGGAAACUUUUGUUGGAACCGGUUCUAGUAAAAAAAUGGCUAAAAGUGCAGCUGCAACGGCGGCGUUAACAAAGUUAUUAUGCACUAAAGAAGGAGACGUCCCAAUUUUCGGUAACACACAAUUUAGACCAUCAAAAAUAAGUAGCGAACAACAAGAAUGGGCGGAUCGUAUUGGAAGGUUAGUAACAGAAAAAUUUACAUCGUUAAUGGUUUCCGAUCCAAUUCACAUCAAAAGAAAAGUCCUGGCCGGUAUCGUUUUGAGUCGUGAUAAAGAAUUAACCGUAAUUUCGGUAGCAACGGGUACAAAAUGCAUCUCAGGUGCGCGAAUGAGUCUCAGCGGAGCCGCUUUAAACGAUAUGCACGCCGAAAUAAUCUCCAGACGGUGUUUCAAGGUAUACCUUUUCAAUCAAUUAUUGCUUUUGGGGGAUGAAAAACGCCGCGAUGAAUCGAUUUUUGAACCAAAUCCCGGCGAAGGUGGUGGCUACCGGUUAAAAGAUGGUGUAGAUUUUCAUUUGUAUAUAAACACCGCUCCGUGUGGUGAUGCGAGAAUUUUUAGCCCCCACGAAGAUGCUAACGCUGUUGAUAGACAUCCCAAUAGAAAUUCGAGAGGUCAAUUGAGGACUAAAAUUGAAAGUGGCGAGGGUACAAUUCCCGUUAAAUCCCAUACUAGUUAUCAAGCUUGGGAUGCAAUUAUUCAAGGGGAACGAUUGCUCACAAUGUCCUGUUCGGACAAGAUAGCUCGGUGGAACAUUUUGGGUGUGCAGGGAGCUCUCCUUUCACAUUUCAUCGAACCGAUCUACAUCAAGACAGUGGUUUUGGGUAGCUUAUUCCACGAGUCGCACUUGUACAGGGCGUUGUGCGGAAGAGUUGCAAACACCCUGCAGGGUUUACCUCCGCCGUUCCGGUUAAACAGGCCAACAAUGUGCCUGGUGACGUCGUUCGAAACGCGACAUCCAACUAAAGCACCUAGUUUCUCAACCAAUUGGACGAUCGGGCAAGACGCCGUCGAAGUGGUUAACACAACUUCGGGUAGAACAGAUCACGGAACGUCACGAGUUUGUAAACAAAUAUUUGCGCAAAAAUUUGUUGAAUUGUGUCGUAGCGGCCUUACUUCUAUUACGGGGGUGCAUAACCAAAGGUUUAAUUGUUACUGUGAUGCUAAAGAUUCUUCAGCAACUUACGUGUCUGCCAAAGAACGUCUUUUGGAAGGAUUUUUAAAAGCGGGUCUUGGUAAAUGGAUACAAAAACCGAUGGAACAGGACCAAUUUGAGUUACAUUAUGAUGAUGAUGAACCAUUCAGUGUUAAUGUGGAUUUUAUGGAUCAAACUUUGCUCAGUACAUAAGUAUUUUAAGUCCUCGUGACUUAAACAACCUCCAAUUAGAAGCGUUUUCUUUACAACAACAAAAUUAUGUUAAAAAAAAUUAAAAUAAGUCGUACAUCUCACACUUUCGCGUAAAAAAUCUGAAGUAAAGUACAAAGAUAGGUCAUCUGUUAUUAUUAUUGUGUGAAGGAAGGUAUUAACUUGUCAGGAUACUUUAAAUUUUAAUUUACUUUAUUGUUUAGUAUUAAAAAAAAACUGUGGUUAGUAUUUAACGCAUUGAGCGCCAUGUGAUUACCGGUUUAAUCCAGCCCUAUGUAAUCCCAUGAAGCUCGAGUGUUAAUUAACAAAUCGUUAGGUAAUAAUUUAUUUAUUACUGCGUCUUUCACGUUCGUUUUAAGAACGAAGCGAUCUAAUCGCAUUUAGCUCCACCGGUAAGGUACCUAUUUAAUUUUUAAGAUAAACAUUUAGUUUAGUUACCCUCAAACGCCAUAAAAAUCUAAACAAAAUUAUAAACGAAUCUAUUGCAUUUAACGAAAACACGAAUAAAAACAAUUUGAUUUAA